CCACGUGUGACGGCCGCAUUCCCGGCUCUCGGACGGCGCUUCGGAGGGCUCGCGCUCGGUGUGCGCGGCGUUGCACGGCUCGUGCUUGGCGGGGCGGAGAGGAGAUGGAGGCGGACGGCGGUCAGGGGACGGCUGGGGGUCCCGCGGACGCACAUCAUGACCCGGGUAAGAUGUUCAUCGGUGGACUCAGCUGGCAAACCUCCCCAGACGGCCUUAAGGAGUACUUUGGGAAGUUCGGCGAGGUCCGGGAGUGUAUGGUGAUGAGGGACCCAACGACCAAGCGCUCCAGAGGGUUCGGCUUCGUCACUUUCAUUGAUGCCGCCAGCGUGGACAAAGUGUUGGCACAGCCGCACCACGAGCUCGACUCCAAGACGAUCGAUCCCAAAGUUGCCUUCCCCAGACGUACUCAGCCCAAGAUGGUGACGAGAACGAAGAAGAUAUUUGUGGGCGGCCUGUCAGCGAACACGGUUGUGGAGGAUGUGAAGCAGUACUUUGAACAGUUUGGGAAGGUAGAAGACGCCAUGCUUAUGUUUGAUAAAACCACAAACAGGCAUAGAGGAUUCGGCUUUGUGACGUUCGAGAGCGAAGAUGUGGUAGAAAAAGUCUGUGAAAUUCAUUUCCAUGAGAUCAAUAACAAAAUGGUAGAAUGUAAGAAGGCCCAGCCCAAGGAGGUGAUGUUUCCUGCAGGGACAAGGAGUCGAGGGAGGGGUCUGGCCUACACCAUGGACGCCUUCAUGCUCGGCAUGGGCAUGCUUAGCUACCCGAACAUUGUCGCCACCUACGGUCGAGGAUACACCGGAUUCGCCCCCAGCUACAGCUACCAGUUCCCUGGGUUCCCAGCGACGCCCUAUGGCCCGGUGACGGCAGCGGUGGCUGCAGCGCGUGGCUCAGGUACUAGCCCAGGCCGACCAGCUGGUUUCCAUAGCGGCGGGAGCCCUGGACCGGUGGACCUGUAUGGACCGGGCAGUCAGGACUCCGGUGUGGGCAACUACAUCAGUGCUGCCAGCCCCCAGCCUGGGUCCGGCUUCGGCCAUGGAAUCGCUGGCCCCUUGAUCGCGACAGCUUUCACAAAUGGAUACCACUGAAACUGGCAGCGGUCGGCAGCUACCUUUCUAGUCUGUCGGGGACGCCCAGGGAAGAUGGGCUGAAGUUUCUCAUUGGUUCUGUGUACAGGUGAAGUUGUCAAGCUUCGAGCACUACAGCGCCCCCCGGUGGAGCGAGCAGGCUCGGAAGUGGGGCCGUUAGGAAACAAAUCAAGGAAAAACAAAGAAAAUCUGCUGUACUAUAAUCUGAAUUGACUAUUAAAGUAUUUUUUGUUUUCUUUUUAAUUUAAUUUUCUGUUAUUCUUUUGCUUGAAGUCUUUGAAUUGGAGUUGCGGUAUUUUCUUUUUGAGUAUCUGUGUUUGUUGUUUUUUUUUAAAAAAAAAAAAAAAAAAAACCUUGUUUUAGCGUAAGUGGUU